UUUGUCUCAAGAAUCGGUUUCUGGUUUCAGAUUCUCGUUAUCGCUGCUAAGCUUUUUUGAAAAUGGCACGUGAAGAGAAUAAGCGGGCCAAACGGGCUUGGGAAUCUGUUAAGCAGUACACUGUCCGGUGUGGAAAAUGCGGGAAAUGGAGGCUCAUACCCACCAAAGAAAAGUACGAGCUGAUAAGGGAAAUGAUUGCCGAAGAAUCUUUUGAAUGCGAGAAGGCCCGCGAGUGGUGGGCCCACAUAUCUUGCGAUGACGAGCAGGAUGGAAGCUUAAAGUGGGCCAUGGACAAGCCCGGUGUGCCCAAGACCCCGGCCAGCUGGCAGCGAAUUAUACGAAUCAGGGCUGAAGGGGGCACCAAGUUUGCCGAUGUCUACUAUGUAUCGCCGUCGAACAAGAGGCUGCGUUCUAAGGUGGAGCUCGAAAGGCAUCUAGUCGAGAACCCAAAUUACAAACGAGAAGGUGUCGACAUUUCUCGGUUUUCUUUUCAAUGCCCGGUGGCUUUUGAGGCUGACUAUGUUAAUGCCAAGCGUCGAACUAUUUCGAAUUCUUCUCCUUAUAAGACUGGAUAUGCUCUUGAAUUUGUUGAAAAUGUGACUCUGAGAAGGUGA